AUGGUGCAGGGUGUGUCAUUGAGCACUCUAGCAACAUGUGGAAAGAGCAGAAUCUAUGGUUCUUCACCCUUUGAGCCGUUUAAAAGAUCGCAUGUUACGUCUGCCGCUGGAAAACACUUGAUUUGGAACAAGUGUGUGCAGAGGUUAGUCUUAAUUGGGUACCCUUUUGUGUCAAGACGAAGAAGUGAUUUUAAGGUUGAAGCGGCGUGGAUGUUUAGAGGAGGAGGAGAACAAGGGUUGGAUGCAAAUGUAGAGCAGAGUGAAAGUGCUAAUGAGGAUAUCUUGAUGUUCUUCUUUCAGCUGGAUUUAGCCACAAGAGUGCAGUGUGCUUUAAACAUGGAAGAGUAUGACAUUGCGAAGCAGCUGCGAAACAAACUUACUGAGGUUGAAGAAGAGGUAAUUAAGCAACAACAGUCAAAAAGGGGAUUGUCUUCAAAAAGUGAUGCACAAGAUAAAGGUCUAAGUAUUAUACGUCUUCGCUCAGACCUUCAGAGUGCUAUCGAAAAUGAGGAUUAUGCCUUGGCUGCUAAAUUACGCGAUGAAAUUUCUAAACUUGAAGCAGAGUCUCUGGCUGUGUCAGCUAAAGCCUUAGCACAUGAAAAUGCACAAUAUGUGUUUCGUUUGGGGCAGAAAGUAAAGCAUAAAAUAUUUGGCUAUAGAGCUAUAAUUGUAGGAAUGGAUCCAGUAUGCAGUGAAUCAAAUUCAUGGAUGGAAAAUGCACAGGUUAAAAAGUUGUCUCAUGGUUCCACUCAACCAUUUUAUCAGGUACUUGUUGACGUUCGUGCUGAACCAGAUCUACUGGUGGCAUAUGUUGCAGAGGAAAAUCUUUUAAUACCUGACAAACCAGACAAAGGAAGAUUUGAUCACCCCUACAUGUCUUUUCUGUUCUAUGGAAUGGAUUCAGCUGGAGAUUUCAUCCCUAUAAAGCAACUGCGGGAGAAGUACAAUAAACCACGGCACGAAAUACCCUUUGAUGAAGAUGGAGAGAAAGCUUAA